AUGUCCAAUGUUCUAGUCGGAGUGAAGCCUUUGAAUGGAGGUGCAAAAUCGGACCCAGUUCCUGGCAACGUAUAUUAUGAGAAGGGCUACGAUACACUGGUCCUUCCCAUCACCAACGCCAAAUAUCGAGAGACUUGCAAGUUGAAAUUCAAAGAGUAUAAAGAGCUAAUGGGAGUGAACGGCGAUAAGAUCGACAACUUGAACAUGCUAGAUGUCCCAUAUCCACAGUAUUUUCAACUGAAUCCAGUGAAAAAUAAUAAUAUCAUAGGGCUCUUAAGUUCUUGGGUGGAACUGGACUCAAGAGAUAAAUUGAUCAAUGAGUUUUCUAGUCAGGUCUUGAGACACGAAGUUAGUUAUGCAUCUUUCUUGGGGAUCCAAACGGUGAUAAUUGCGCCUCCAAGAAAUUUAACAAAUCUGCAGAUUUUUACGAGUAAUCUGAAUUCUUUGAUAAGCAGCUUUCCUAAGGUGAAUUUUUCCAUUUCCUUGCCUAUAUGUGAAGAAUCUCGCUGGAGUGAAGACGGCAAACUUUCGACAGUUAUUGAUCCCCUCUCCACAUGGGACCUGUGGAAUUCUAUUCGGAGUCAAUGUGACUAUGCUUUUAACCUGUCCGUUUCAUUAGCUUUACCUAAGGGCAACAUUCCUCGUUACGUGAUUAAUCGAUGGGUAUUAGAGCCAAUAAAGUGCUUUCUGAUCAACACAUCCAGAUUCAUCACCAAUGCAAAGGGCUUCCCGGUGUUAAGCAAAUUCAACCAAAUCAUCAUUUGGUUUAUAAUCCAAAAAAGGGCUCUAGAUCCACCAGCUCUGAUCUUGCAUGGAGAUCUCAAAGAUACCUCCAACUUGGAAUACCUAAAGUACUUGGUGUCUAUUUCUUCAAAAAACUCACAAUUGACGGUCAUCGAACAUUUUAACCUGAAAUCUCUUGUAAUCUCCAAUCGUCAAGAGCAGUUACAGACACCACUACAGCCAUAUCAGCAUGAUUUGGAUAAUUUGACUUACCAGAUCUUUGAAAAAGAUGCUGCAAAAUAUGACUCAUACGAACGAGCUUUCAUAGCAGUACUCAAAGAUGCAUCUAAAAAUGGUCGAUUGGGCGAGCUUCAAGACGACUUAAGACAACAGCUACCUCCUUUCAAUAUACUAGUCGUUGGGCCCGGUCAAGGCCCACUGAUUUCCAAACUAUUCAUGGCAAUUAAAUCCUUAGGGCUUGAUCUGCAAUCAUUCCGCAUCACAGCCAUUGAGAAGAACCCAAAUGUGAUACCUCAUCUUGCACAAAUUAACUAUGCCAAAUGGAGUGGUAUUGUAACCAUUAUUAACGAAAGCACAAAUUCUUGGGAAUAUAGAGGCCCAUUUUUCAAUUUGGUCAUUAGUGAGUUGCUGGGAAGUUUCGGAUGCAAUGAACUCUCUCCGGAAUGCUUGAAUCCAUUGGAGAAAUAUUGUGAAGAGGAUUGUAUAUUCAUCCCGCAGUCUUACUCUUCCUAUAUUGCACCAGCAACCUCGCCAGCCAUUUAUUCAAAAUUGAGUUCUAAUCAAGCACCUGUGUUACCAUUGGGUUUCCCGCACGAAAUCAUUUCCACAAAGUAUGAACAUAUAUGGACAUUUGAACACCCGAGUCGAACGAGACCUUCCGUUCCACAACCAGGUAACUUACACAAUAAACGAACAUCUCUCACUACAUUUAAAUGUCAUCAUAAGGGGGUCAUUCAUGGAGUUCUUGGGUAUUUCACUGCUGUCUUAUACCCUGGUAUACACCUUUCUAAUAUGCCUUCGGAGCCUGAACCUCCAACUUUGAUCAGUUGGUUACCGAUAUUUUUCCCGUUGGAGUCACCGAUCUAUAUUUCAGACGACCAAGAAGUGUCGAUUCUAAUGAAGAGAGAAUACCGUGAUAACAGAGUUUGGUACGAAUGGUCAGUAGAAUGUUUCAUGUAUUUAGUGCUUCCAUCGCAGGAAUCCCAGUCCACGACGCAGCGCAAUUCCUAUAAUGUUGACCCGCAAGGGGCCACAGCUGUUCCUCGUUCUUGGUCUCAUAGGGUCAAUAUUAAUCAGGUGACGGCUUUGGCUGCCCAGCUACAUCUUCGACAAGACAGCAACAUCAAUAGCAUUUUCAACUCUGAAUGUGAGAAAUCAGACAUCCAAAGAGGAGACAUUGAGGAGGAGCAAGAGGAGGAGUAUCAACUUAGAGUUCGCACUGGGGUAAGCCGGGUACAUAAUGCGGGCGGUAGGUUUCAUUCUCUAAGACUCUAG